AUGUCCAGUCCUUCCUCCACCCACUCCGGACAUGUGGCCGUAGCAUCUUCCAGCCGGACUCCCCCCAGCACCUCCCCAGAGGGAGACGAUGAGUCCGACGAUGGCCUUGAAGUGCGCGACGAGGAGCUGCUCGCCGACGAUCCGUUGCAUGAGUAUGGAUCCCCUGCCGAUAGAGUAACCUUCCAGCGCAAUACCAAGCCACAAACCCUCGGCCUCGCUUCUCGAUUCCUUCCCUCGCCCUUCCUCGCUCGGCAUGUCACUCCUCCUUCUCCUCUCAUGAGUCCGGGACGACUCGGGCGAUCUGCGACCCCAAACACCAUCCUAUCUUACUUGAACGCCCCUUCCGAUCCCGUAGCAGGUCUUCAAGAUGGCAAGGAUGCCGCAGGCCUGGACUGGUAUGUCGAAGGUCCGGGGCGGCGCGUGGGCUACGACAAUCUCACAGCCAUCGAUUGGAUAUACGAGUACAGUAAAGAGCGCACGCGACUGCGACAGCUCACCAUUGACGGUCCCAGCAUGCUAGGCCAGCUCAAGCUCGUGGCAGAUGCGAGUCAGAUGUGGUGGGUUCUGGUUGCAACCGGACUGGCGGUCGGAGGGAUUGCGGCCGGUAUCGACAUUGUCAGUGACUGGCUGGGAAAUGUCAAACAGGGCUUCUGCAGUAAUGUGAGCGAUGGCGGGACAUUCUAUCUGAAUCGAGCGUUCUGCUGUUGGGAGACCGACACCUACGCGGCCUGCCCCGAUUGGAGAACGUGGGCCACUGCCAUGGGCAUUGGAAAUGCUUUUGGAAGUUAUGUGACGGAGUACAUCAUCUUCGUCAUCUUCUCGAUCCUCUUCGCCACCACCGCCAGCUUCUUGGUCGUCAGAUUCUCCACUUUCGCUCGCUCCAGCGGCAUCCCCGAGAUCAAAACGGUCCUUGGAGGCUUCGUCAUCCGGCACUUCCUGGGCGCCCGAACACUGGUCAUCAAGUCGCUCGGACUCUGUCUUUCCGUUGCUUCGGGCAUGUGGCUCGGCAAAGAGGGCCCAAUGGUACACGUGGCCUGCUGCUGCGCAAACGUCUUCAUCAAGCUCUUCGACGGUAUCAAUGGGAACGAGGCACGAAAGCGAGAGACACUAUCCGCUGCGGCUGCAAGUGGCAUCUCCGUCGCUUUUGGCGCUCCCAUUGGUGGUGUGCUGUUCAGCUUGGAACAGCUAAGCUACUACUUCCCCGACAAGACAAUGUGGGCGGCUUUUGUCUGUGCCAUGAUAGCCGCCGUCACGCUGCAUGCGCUGGAUCCGUUCCAUACCGGCAAGCUGGUCCUGUUCCAGCUCACCCACAAGAACCCGUGGCAUGCGUUUGAGCUUGUCCCGUUCACCCUGAUCGGAGUCAUCGGAGGACUAUACGGAGCGAUGUUCAUCAAACUCAACAUGCGUAUCGCUGCAUGGCGGACGUCCACCAGCAAUCCCUUUUUGAACAGGCCAGUCGUCGAGGUCAUCGUCGUUGCCGCCAUCACCGCUUUGAUCGGGUUUCCCAUCACAUUCCUUCGGGCACAAUCGUCCGAGCUGGUGGAGUUUCUCUUUGCCGAAUGCAAAUACAUCAGCGACGACAUCUUGGGACUGUGUAAGGAGGGUGUCGCCAACACGGGUGUCAUCUUUACCCUUCUCAUUUCCGCUGUCCUCGGAUUUCUGCUGGAGACCAUCACUUUCGGCCUCCAGCUGCCCGCCGGCAUUCUUCUGCCUUCAAUGGCAGUGGGAGCACUCUACGGUCGAGUCGUGGGCCUAGUCAUGGAGGUCUGGCAACAACAGCAUCCCAAUUUCUUUGCCUUUGGCCGGUGCGCCAUGGAGCCCGAUAUUCAAUGCAUCACUCCGGGAACGUAUGCAGUCAUUGGCGCGGCGUCUGCUCUGGCUGGCGCAACAAGAAUGACAGUGUCUAUCGUUGUCAUCAUGUUCGAGCUCACCGGAGCGCUGACAUACGUCUUGCCAAUCAUGGUGGCUGUCAUGCUGAGCAAAUGGGUCGCAGAUGCUUUUGGCAAACGGGGCAUCUACGAGGCCUGGAUCCAUUUCCAAGGCUACCCGUUCUUGGACAACCACGACGACACUCCUGUGCCUGACGUGCCCGUGGCGAGGGUAAUGACGAGAUGCGAGGAUCUCGCGUGCAUUACGGCAACAGGCUACACCAUUGAGAGCCUUCGUACCUUUCUACGCACUCACCGUUUCCGCGGCUUCCCCGUGGUUAAUACUGCGCGCGACCCGACUCUACUGGGAUACAUUUCCCGCACGGAGCUGCAGUAUGCUCUCGAUACUGCUACUUCUCCUUCCCGCGGCUUACCAGUGAGCACAGCGUGUUACUUCAAACACCAGCCGCUGGCGGAUCCGACGGUGACACUGGAUCUGCGGCCGUGGAUGGAUCAGACUCCCAUCACGCUCAAUUCGCGAUCCAGUCUGCAGCUCACAAACGACAUGUUUCAGAAGUUGGGCUUACGGUAUAUUGCUUUUGUCGAGCGCGGGAUAUUGGCUGGCCUCAUGACGAAGAAGGACCUAUGGUCUGUAUUGAAUGAUGGGGAGGCAGGCAAGAUUGGACGAGGAGCGGGCGUGCUUCGGGAGGAAUUGGAUGAACGAGAGGAUGAAGAGGGUCUCCUAGGCCACAGUCGAGGGGACAGCCUGGCGGAGAACUUUGCGUCCCGAGAUGGAGCGGGGUGA